GGCGGAGCCUGGGCUGGGGGCAGGCUCAAAUACGGGUUGAAGGCGGGACAGUGUUCGCAGUCACUGUUUACCAUGGAGGAGGACAGGUUGGGACCCCAGGGUUUUCCAGAGCUGAAGAAUGAUACUUUCCUGCGAGCAGCGUGGGGAGAGGAAACAGACUACACUCCCGUUUGGUGCAUGCGGCAGGCAGGCCGCUACUUACCAGAGUUUAGGGAAACCCGAGCUGGCCAGGAUUUUUUCAACACCUGUCGUUCUCCUGAAGCCUGCUGUGAACUGACUCUGCAGCCACUGCGUCGCUUCCCUCUGGAUGCUGCCAUCAUCUUCUCCGACAUCCUUGUUGUACCCCAGGCACUAGGCAUGGAGGUGACCAUGAUACCUGGCAAAGGACCCAGCUUCCCAAAGCCACUGAAAGAAGAGCAGGACCUAGAGCACCUACGUGAUCCAGCAGCGGCAGCCUCUGAGCUGGACUAUGUGUUCCAGGCCAUCACCCUUACCCGACAACGGCUGGCAGGGCGUGUGCCACUGAUUGGCUUUGCUGGUGCCCCGUGGACCCUGAUGACAUACAUGAUUGAGGGUGGCGGCUCAAGCACUAUGGCUCAGGCCAAGCGCUGGCUCUACCAGAGACCCCAGGCCAGUCACCGGCUGCUGUGCAUCCUCACUGAUACUCUUGUCCCCUAUCUGGUAGGACAAGUGGCUGCUGGUGCUCAGGCGUUGCAACUCUUUGAGUCCCACGCGGGGCAUCUUGGCCCACAACUUUUCAGCAAGUUUGCACUGCCCUACAUCCGUGAUGUGGCCAAGCGAGUGAAGGCUGGGUUGCAAAAAGCAGGCCUGGCACCAGUGCCCAUGAUCAUCUUUGCUAAGGAUGGACAUUUUGCCCUGGAGGAACUGGCCCAGGCUGGCUAUGAGGUAGUUGGGCUUGACUGGACGGUGACCCCCAAGAAAGUCCGGGAGCGUGUGGGAAAGACGGUGACCUUACAGGGCAACUUGGACCCCUGUGCUCUAUAUGCCUCAAAGGAGGAGAUUGGGCGGUUGGUGCAGCAGAUGCUGGAUGACUUUGGAUCACAACGCUACAUUGCCAACCUCGGCCAUGGGCUUUACCCGGACAUGGACCCAGAGCACGUGGGGGCCUUUGUGGAUGCCGUGCACAGACACUCACGUCUGCUUCGACAGAACUGAGCAUAUGCCUUUACCUCAAGUACUACGAACACAGACGAUUGUCUCCAGGAGAAUAAAAGUCUCAGAGCUGGAGUCUAGUA